GGCCGCAGGAGCCUGGGCGACGCGGUGGUUGGAGCUGGGGUGGCCGGGCGGCGGCGAGAGGUUCGCGAUGCCGCUGUUGUUCCUGGAGCGUUUCCCCUGGCCCAGCCUCCGCACCUACACGGCGCUCAGCACCCUGGCCCUGCUGGGCACUAGCCUCAGCGCCUACCGCGCCCUCAGCCAAGCCCCCGGCGUGGCUGCGGGCUCUAAGUUGGGCGAGCACCCGCACCGCGGCGGGCAGCGGGCCCUGGACGUAGCCUACUACCUGCUGUCGGACAGCCUCUGCGUCUGGGUACUAGUGAACACUGCCUGCUGUUUUCUGAUGCUGGUGGCUAAGUUUAUCCAGUGUAUGGUGUUUGGUCCUCUCCGUGUCAGCGAGAGGCAGCAUCUCAAGGAUAAAUUCUGGAAUUUCAUUUUCUACAAGUUCAUCUUCAUUUUCGGUGUGCUGAAUGUUCAGACAGUGGAAGAAGUAGUGAUGUGGUGCCUUUGGUUCUCUGGACUUGUGUUUCUUCAUCUCAUGGUUCAGCUCUGCAAGGAUCGCUUUGAAUACCUUUCCUUUUCUCCUACCACACCCAUGAGCAGCCACAUCAGAGUCCUGACACUGCUCAUAGCCAUGCUCCUGUCCUGCUGUGGAUUAGCCCUCAUCUGUGGUGUUAUUGGCUAUGCUCAUGGCAUGCACACGUUGGCUUUCAUGGCAGCAGAGUCUCUGCUUGUGACAGUUAGAACUACUCAUGUGAUUUUACGAUAUGUAAUUCACCUCUGGGAUCUCAGCCAUGAAGGAAUGUGGGAGGGCAAAGGCACUUAUGUCUACUACACUGAUUUUGUCAUGGAGCUCACCUUGCUUUCACUGGACUUGAUGCAUCACAUUCAUAUGCUGUUGUUUGGUAAUAUUUGGUUGUCAAUGGCGAGCCUCGUGAUUUUCAUGCAGCUACGCUACCUGUUUCACGAGGUUCAACGAAGAAUACGGCGGCAUAAGAACUACCUCCGUGUAGUGGGAAAUAUGGAAGCUAGGUUUGCAGUUGCAACACCGGAGGAGCUAGCAGCCAAUAAUGAUGACUGUGCCAUUUGCUGGGACUCAAUGCAGUCUGCACGCAAACUCCCUUGUGGGCACUUCUUCCACAACUCGUGCCUGCGGUCCUGGCUGGAACAAGAUACAUCUUGCCCCACCUGCAGAAUGUCUCUUAAUAUCACUGACAGCCAUCAUGUGAGGGAGGAUCACCAAAGGGAAAAUAUGAUUGAGAACUUGGGCCCUGUGGCAGUAGCAGAAGGCAGACCGCGCUUGAACCAGCACAAUCACUUCUUCCAUUUUGAUGGCUCUCGAAUUGCCAGCUGGCUGCCCAGUUUUUCCGUAGAAGUGAUGCACACAACCAACAUCCUUGGUAUCACACAAGCCAGCAACUCCCAACUCAAUGCUAUGGCCCAUCAGAUUCAGGAGAUGUUCCCUCAGGUUCCUUAUCAUGUAAUUCUACAGGAUCUGCAGCUAACUCGUUCAGUAGAGAUCACCACUGACAACAUCCUAGAAGGGCGUAUCCAGGUGCCUUUCCCCACACAGGCUGCUCCAACCCCUUCAACAGACAUUGUAGUUCCUCCAUCCCCCAGGCCAGGCAGUACAGCUGAACCAGGGAACGAAACUGUGCCAGUGUCAGUUGUCCCUGUACAUGAGAAGAAAUACUGGGAGCAAAGGUCUGUUCAUCUAGUAGGGGAGGAAGUGGGUGGGACAGCCUCCUCUGAAGCAGAGCCAUCACAAGAAGAGGAGGAGGAGGAGAAGGAAAAAGAAGAGGAAGAGGAGGAAGAGACAGAACUCAUGAACAAGGCAGUAACCACCCAAUCCCUGUCCCUGAGUGAGUUGCGAAAAGAUUUCAGACGUCAUCCAGGUGAGCGCAUUCUCACCUGGCUGCUCCGAUGCUGGGAUAAUGGAGCCAGUAGUGUGAAAUUGGAGAGUAGGGAAGCCAGGUGGCUGGGAUCCCUUUCUAGGAAAGAAGGCAUUGACAAAUCAAUUGGAAAAGGAGCACAAGUCUUCAGCCUCUGGAGACGACUCCUGUCAAGCGUGAAGGAACAGUACCCAUUCAAGGAAGAUAUAUGUUACCCAGUCAGGUGGACCACUGUGGAAAGAGGUAUCCAGUACCUGAGGGAAUUAGCUGUGCUAGAGGUGAUUUAUGAUGACAAUGAGAAGUUAUCCAAAGAUCCAGAUGAAGUCAGGUGCACACGACACAUGUGGCAGAAGUUUGUCCAGAGCAUACCAUCAUUGUAUGCAAACUCGUUGGCAGUAAUGAUGUGGAAGGAUGGAGAGGGACAGACAGUGGAUGAGUUGGCUGGCUGGCUCUGGCGUUAUGAAGCAUGUCUCUCUUCCUCCCUCAUCUUGGCUUUGGAGAAACUGUCCUGUGAGUUUCAGCAACUCAGAGAGGAUAUAUCCAACUCAGCACCUAUACGGCCCAGUAUUUUGGCUACUAGGAAUAAGGGUCCCUCUGCUCAAGAGAGAGGAUAUAGUGGGUACACACCACGGGGUGCCCUAUGGUUUUACUUGCGUGACCAUGGAGAGGAUAUGAGGAAGUGGGAUGGAAAACCUACUGCGACCCUAGAGGUACGGGUACGUGAGUUGCAAGAAAGAACAGUUGCAAAAGGGGGUUCUUUCAGGAAAAUUGCUUCUCCAGUUUCCAGUGGGCAUUUCCCCAGAUGGAGAAGGGCUGAUCUUAACAAAGGGUCUUCUGAUUUGUAUUUAUAAGAAGGGAGUAACGAAUACUAUUACCAGUACUAGGGGCACCCUACCUCCAGCCAGAUGGAGGAAGGGGACAACUGGAUAUACUGGACUGUGUGGGUCAGAUGGCCUGGCACAUCAGAACCACAGGAGUGAGAAUAAAGCUGUAGUAGAUGUAAUUGCACAGUGACAGGGGAAUCUCAACAGCUGACUGUACUGCAGGCUGAAGUGAGAAUGAGUGGAAAAACCACCAAAUUGUAACAGGCCCAGAGGCUCUGUGCAUCCUUGGCAUAGACUGUCUCAGGAGGAGGUACUUCAGGGACCCAGAAGGAUAGCAGUGGGCUUUUGGUAUAGCUGCCUUGGAGAUGGAGGAACUUAAGCCACUGUUUACUUUGCCCAGUCUCUUGAAGGACCCUUCAGUUGUAGGGUUACUCAGCCAAGUGGUAAGCUGCUGUUGGUAUUGCUAAUGUAUUUUUCUUAAUCCCAGGGGAUGUGAUUAACAAAAUAACAGCUAUUUCUCUGCCAGGUAGUGAAAGGGAAACACAGGCUUUCUAAGGCCUUCUGGGGUUUUAGAGAAUGUACAUCCCAAAUUAUGGUCUGAUUGUAAGCCUUCUCUAGCAACUGACUCAGAAGAACAAUUUCAAACGAGGCCCUAAGCAACAACGAGCCUUUGUGCCAACGAUACACCACAUAAAUGCUCGUGUACCCAAGAGUCAGGCCACUGAGGAACACCAGAACAGCAAACAGGUGGAUCAAGCUCCUAAGAUUGAGCUGGCUCAAGUGGACUUAGACUGGCAACAUAAGAGUGAAUUAUUUUCAGUCUGGUGUCUUGUGACACCUCAGGCUACCAAGAAAGUGAUGCAACAUAUAGAUGGGUUUGUGAUCCAGGGGUAGACAUGACCAUGGACAAGAAAGAAUUGAGUCAGGCAUGGCACCUAGUGAGUAUAUCACAUCCCUUGUCAUGCACCAGCCUCUGGGAAAAUUGAGCAGUACAAUGGGCUGUUAAAAACUACACUGAGAGCAAUGGGUGGUGGGACCUUUAGGCAUUGUGAUACACAUUUACCAAAGGCCACCUGGUUGGUCAGCAGGGGGGGAUCUGCCAAUAGAUCUGCCUAUUGAUAGACCCAGCCCUAUCAAUACUUUUAUAUGCUGUAGAAGGCGAUACAGCCCCUCUAGUGCACAUAAAAAUAUACUGGGGAAGACAGUCUGGGUUAUACCUGCCUCAGGCAAAAGCAAACUCACUCGUGGGAUUGCUUUUGCUCAAGGACCUGGGUGGGUAAUGUGGGAGGAUGGGGAAGUCUAGUGUGUACCUCAAGGGGGUUUGAUUUUGGGUGAGAAUAACCAAUGAUUUGACUUGUAUGAUGUUAGUUGCUGUAUAGUACUGUAUGCCAUCACUGCUGUGGUUGCUGUAUGCCAUAUUGACAGUAUUACAGUAAGAAUCACCCAGAUUAAUGAAGAAUGAAUUUGAUGGGUCAGAACUGCCUUCAACGUGCAAGAACCCAACAGCACACACCAUCCUCCUGCCCUGAAGGACUGGUACGACAGAUGGAGACCCAAGUUGUGGAUUAAAUGAACUCAGUGGACAUUUUAGAGGGAUGGCCUAUAGAUUAAGGGCGUGAUUAUCUGUGUGUAUGUAUCAAAAGACAGGAGAGAUCAUGAUUAAUUGGGAUGCAUUAAAAAGCAUGGAAUCUGGGCAUUACAAAGAUGGCAUAGAAUAAUGGGUGGAUAUUGUCUUGGUUUCAGCUUGGGUAGAGUUAAUUUUUCCCUAGUAGUUGGUAGAGUGCUGUGUUUUGGAUUUAGUGUGAGAAUAACAUUGGUAGCACACUGAUACUUUAGUUAUUGCUUAGUGCUUACACUCAGUCAUGUACUUUUCAGCUGCUUUGUGCCCUGCCAGUGGGGAGGCUGGGAGAUGGGGGCUACAGGAAGCUUGGAGGGGACACAGUUGGGAUAACUGAUCUCAAUUGACACAAGAGAUAUUCCAUGCCAUAUGAAUUCAUGCUGAGUAUAUAAACUAGGGGGAAAGUCUGCUGGGGUCUGCUGCUUGGUAACUGGCUGGGCAUUGGUUGGUGGGUGGGGAGCAGUUGUUUUUCAUUUGCAUUGCUUGGUUUUCUUGGGUGUUAUUUCUCGCUUUCUGUUGUUUUCAUUACAGUUCAUUAUUGUUGUUAUAUUCUGCUUCAAUUAUUAAACUGUCUUUAUCUCAA